AGACGGAGGUCUUUGUCAGACCCUAGAAUUGUCAGUAAGGAUACCCAGCUAAGAAGAUGGAGGCUAAGAAAGAUGUGGGUCUUCUGGCAUCAAAUCAAAAGUUCAUGCAAGCUCUGAUAUCCAGCUUGCAGCGGGUUUGUGUCGAGAGUCUGGAUUUCAACAUUUCUGUGCUGAUAACAGGCAACAUCAUUGUUAACAUUGAUGGCAGUCACAUUGAUGUAUUGGAAAUCCGUGAAACUGUCCAUAAACCUGAAACAAAUAAUCCACAGCACCGUCAGAAUGGUGCAAGGUGGGAGGGGACGACUGCUCUCAAGCCGAGCCAUUCUGAUGUAAUGUGUACCUACCCUCCGGACUACAAUGUAAGACCACGCAUAGAUGCUGAAGUUCAAACAGUUAUUUCUCAUCAUGAACUGGGUUUUCAUGGGGAGACAAAACCAUGCAUAUUUCUAAAUGACCAGUCUACAGAGGAAGGUCCACCACACCCAACAGGUUAUGUCAUCCCACAUGCUUAUCCACAAAGUGCGACAGAAACUGAGAGGAUGACACAGCUAACUGGCCUCCAGAAGUUGACAGGGGCUAACAGGAGAAAAAGGAUAAAAAAUCAUCCUGUCAGGAUUAUUAAAGAGACAAACGUGUACUCAGAAGACACAAGCAAGGUUAAGGAUGAACCAACAUCCCUAGAAGCAGAGGAACUGUCAGAAGUUGAGCAAGGGGUGAGUGAUGAAGAAGUGGAGCAGGAGGUGAGUGAGGAAGAAGAGGUGGAUGAUGUAGAAGAUGAGUCUGAAGAGAAGUCUGACAAAGAUGACCCAGAUUUCAAUCCCGAGGAUGAGGUACCUCACAUCAAAGACAAAGUACCAAAGAGAGGAAGAAAUCCCAGGAGGCAUGCAAAGUCCAGGUUUUCAGGAACUCAGAGUCCAGACAUAGUUAAACACAAGGGAAAAACGAGUAAUGUUAAGUCCAAGGCUAAAAUUGCAAAAAUAGAGGAACAAAAACUGAAGAAGUCACCCAAGAAAUACUCUUGUACAGAUUGCAGUCAAGUAUUUACAGCCAUUAAAAAACUUAGAGCUCAUCAGAAAGACACUCAUAAUAAUGGAGGUCUCAAAUGCCCAGAUUGUGACAAAGUAUACAGUUGUGACAUGACACUGCGCCGCCAUCGAAGCUCUAUCCAUUUAGGUGAGAAACAUCCCUGCGAAAUAUGCGGACGUACGUUUACUAGUCCAAAUACGUUGUAUCAUCACAAACGUGGAGAGCACAGUGACAAGAAACCCUUCAACUGUGAUCAGUGUCAGAGGCCAUUCAAGUUUUAUCACAGCUAUAAGCUGCACAUGUUACAGCACAAAGGGUUGAGACCUCACAAGUGUUCCCAGUGUGACAAAACUUACCUGACUGCUAACCACUUAAAGCAACAUGUUCAGGUUGUUCAUGCUAACACGCGGAACUAUUCAUGUUCUACCUGUGGUAAAAAGUUUGGUUAUCUAAAUAGUCUUAAGGUGCAUGAGAAGUUGCACACAUCAGACAGACCAUACAAGUGUUCAGAAUGUAACAAAGGCUUCAUCAACCUGGGAGCACUAAAGUCUCAUGCAGGGCGACAUGUCGUUGGCAGACAUUUCAAAUGUGACGAAUGUGGCAAGUUUUACAAGACAGAAUUCUUAUUAAACAUUCACAAACGUCGCCACACUGCAGCAGUGUCACGUUUUAUGUGUGACAUUUGUGGGUUAACCUUUAUGUUUAAGAGUAACCUAGAAAUGCAUGCCGCUGUCCAUUCUGAUGUUAAAAAGUUUCAGUGUUCGGAGUGUGGGAAGGCGUUUAAGACGUAUCCCACACUGUAUUCCCACCAGCAGUGUCACAAUCCCGUGGACAGAUUCAAGUGCUCUGUUUGUGAUAAAAUGUUUAAGACAAAGGGCAGGUGCUAUGCUCAUGAGAAGAGGCAUACAGAACAGAAAAAGUAUCAGUGUAACUAUUGUCACAAGCUCUUCUCCUCUAAAGGUGACAUGUCCAAACACAAGCGCACAGUUCACUCAGAUGCCAAACGAUUCUCUUGUCCAAUGUGCGGGAAACCCAGUGCUAGAUCAGAUAAUUUGCGUGUUCACCUAAUCAGGGUCCAUCGUAAAGAUCCACAGGCAGCAAAUGCAUUGAUUUCACACAUGAUCCAGAGUUCUGGUGCAUCUGGUAGUGCUGCUGGAGAACUGUUUCCUCAGAAUCAGGGGAACACAGAGUUUUCACAGGUACAUCCUUUCUCUGUCACUGAGAGUGCUGUUCCCCCUGAACAGACUCGUGUAGCAUGUGCUGACCCAGGCAGCAUGGCCACCAUGGUCCCCCUUCACUGUAACAUGGACCCUAGUGUAACACCUCAGCUGCCUCCGCAACAUGCCCCACACAUGCAGACAGGGGCCUAUCAGCCAUAUAGCAUGAGUAUGCAGUCAACUUCUAUGACCGGUUACUGGUAUCAAGAUUCAUAAUUUUUGAAAAUUAUGCCACAAAAUUUAUGAAAAAUCUUGCAUCGGCUGUGUUAUAAUUAUUAUUUUUUUUUGUAAGCGUGCUUUUUUUCUGAUGUCAUACAUGUACAAAAUAUGUAGGUUGUUUUGUAUGGCAAAGGUGCUAAAAUAUAUACUUUUACUCUUUAUUAUAUUCAUAUUUAUAAUUUCCAUUAUAUAUUAAAAUAGCUAUAGUGCAAGUAGCAUGAUAUGGACUUAAGUUUUAUGUGUUGUCUUUUCAUUGGUUAAAUUCUGGCAUGCUUUGUGUCAGUUUGAGAUGUGAGAUGCUUUGGCUAUGACUUCGUUUGUGUCAUGAUUUUGUGAACAUUUACAUAUUCAUAUUAUAUGUAACAUUGAGCUAAACAAGGAGAUAAUGUGAUGUGUUAAAGCCAAAUUAUUUAUAACCAAAACACCAGUAGUUUACAGCUUUUGUUUACAUUUAUAUAUACACUGUAAUUGCUUCUGUUUGUAUCAUUUUCUUUUUAAGACUGAUUUUUUUUUAUGAUUCUCAUUGUCAUUACAUUGUUUGUUGAAAAAAUCCUGUUGACAUGAGAAUGAAUCAUGUGCAUGUACGCAGAAUGCAUUAACCUUAACUGCUUAAUGACGUCUAUCUGUGUUGUUGGUCAAAAAUGCUAGCUCACUGUGACUAUACGGCUUUUGACCUGUGAGGUGGAGUGUUCAAAUCCAGCUGUUGGAAAUUUGGAUGUGGUUUUAAGUCAGAGAGUUUGUGAGGUAGACAGGUACCCAGCUAAGGGCAGUGGUUUACUUCGGACGCUCUUGUGUCUCCACCCACGAUAGCAUUAUACAAGUAGAGAAUUUUUGAGUAUGGCAUUUCAACACCAAUCAAAUAAAUAAA